AUGUCAUCCAACUCCACUUCUGCUUCUGCUUCUGCCGCUGCCGCUGCCAACCAGGCGCUCAUCGCUCUGAUCGCCAGACUCAAUGAGAUGGCUGAACAGGUGCUCCGGUCCCAGUCGGAGGAAGAGAAAAUGGGAUUGAGCCGGAAGAUUGCUCGUGAAGUGAAUGACGCGAUUCAUUCGCAUGGGAGGGUCGCUACCUACAUCCCCCCUCGCCUGCUGUCCAUGGCAGCUGAGAUCUUUCGUGCUCAGAGGCGCACCACUCAACUGGCGGAAGUCCCGGACUGGAACCGCGUUGGGCACAACCAGGAGAUGUGCAUGAAGCAUCCAUUGUAUGGUAAGACAUUGGGUGCUGCACCGGCGGUCAUCACACCUGCACCUGCACCUGCACCUGCACCGGCCCCAGCCCCAGCCUCUGCACCAGCGGUCACCACACCUGCACUGGCACCAACGCCCUCAAAGACACCAGCACCAGCACCAGUCCCACCUCCAGUCCCAGGCCCAUCACCGGCGCCUGCACCUCAGCCUGUUCCAUCCUCCGGUCAGUCAUUACGGCACCGUUUCAGCAUUCGCAUCCCCGGAAAUACAGCAUCCGGUGCGACUGGACCGGCCGGACCCUCCAAAUCGCGCAAGCGAGAACUCAGUACUAGUCCCCCUGUGCGUCAGUUCAAGAGGGCCCGGAAGCGUCUCCUCAAGUCAAGGGAAGUCUUGUCCGACACUGACUCUGACAAGGUGAAGCUGAAGGCGAAGAACAAAGGGAAAGCAAAGGGGAAGGGGAAAGGGAAAGAGAAGGCAAAGGCAAAGGUACCGGAAGAUGAUGAGGAUGAGGAUGAGGAUGAGGAGAUGGCGACUGAUGUUGAUGAUCUUCCGGUCCACCAGAAGUCGACACGCAACCCCUCCAAACACAAGAACAAGGGCGCUGCACCGGAGGGAAGUGAGACGGAUGAGAUUCCGGAAGAUGACGACGAUGAUUUGGAGGGUGAUGAUACCCAAGGCAAGCGAAAGGCCACCGUCAAGCCGGGGAAACAACACAAACCGUCUACACGUCCCAUGGGCAAGGACCACAGCAAGAAGGGCAAGGGCCAACAACCGCCGGACGUCAAUGGACCUUUACCUCGUUGCGAGAGAUGCCGGUCGAAGCAUGUGCAGUGCAUCCCGCGGUUGACGAAGAAAGGUGAGGUUGGCCUGAGUUGCACCUUGUGCCAUCAGUGGAAGAUGGCAUGCAUCAGGCCCGACCCAGUGUCCGCGGACAGCACCGCUGUCACCACCAUCACCCCCAGCAUUGCCGCUACACCACCUGCAAGAGCCGUCACCACUCGCUCCAAGACAAGCCGGUCAAAGACCACCGGACAGAGCAAGACCGGUGGGCAGUCAUCCAAAGGCAAAGACAGGGAUAUUCGACAUCCCAGUCCCAUCCAAGAGGAAGAGGAUGACGACGUCCGGAUGAUCGAUGACACUCCGGAAGUGACUGGUACCGGCGGUACCACACCACAACCGGUGCCUCUCGCAUCAGUAGACGAUUUCCCCGCAGACCACUGGAUUGAACCGGGCACUGACGACAUGCCACCUCCACCACCGGUUAUGGCCCCAGAGGACGACAUCCGGGACUCACCCAUCCCUCCGGUCCAUCAUCCACUCUCCCCCAUCGCACCUUCUGGGUCCCUUCUAUCCAUCCAGCACCCUCUCGCUAAUGAGGAGAUGGAGGCCAUGUUGGCCCAGAUUCGCGUCGAUAUGGAGGCACUCCGGACACGCGAUAGGAUGGAAGUUGACGUCCGGCAAGAUGACCUGGAGCGUCGCAUCGAAGUCGCCGAAGGAUCGGAUGCUGCCAUGACCGUGCAAAUCGACCGGAUACAGGGGGAUGUGGACGCGCACCAGAGACUCAUAACUGAGUUGUCCGUCCAACUUCAAGCAGUUGUGAGGUAUAUGAGGGGGGAUAGGUCCGAUGAAGGGACGGCAACAACCCCACCGGCAUUCAAUCCACCCCCCAUUGUCGCCGGCCCAUCCAUCAGUGCAUUCGGUCGCACAACCGGUGGUGAUCUCAUUGGCAUUGAAGAUGGCUCACCGGUCGCAAGACAAGCACGGGUGCCAUCCACUUCCACCAUCAACCCGGCACUCACCACGACAGUAUCCGGCCCAUCUGUUCCUCCGGGUGAUGCACCACCGGUACCACCUCUCAUUCUCCCGGUGGGGUCCAUGCCUUCACCUGGCACCCUUCACGCAUUGAUCACCGGAGGGCCAUCAAAUGUGCUGGACAAUGGUCAGUCCACCUCGGCUCCUUUGCCACGCCAACGAUAUGGACCUCUAUCCCUCCAACAUGGUCGGUCGGCGAGCGCUAGGCAUGCUAAGAAGCUUUCCGGUGAUACGGAGAAGUAA